UCAAACAAAUCAAUACAAUUCUCCCAAUUCAAAAAAAAAAAAAACAAAAUUGAAAACAAAAUGCCUUCCGAUCAACCCAACUCACCUCUUCUUCUCCAACGGAUUCAUAAUCCACCAUCAACUCCAAUUCCAAAACGACACCAAUCCGUUACAACAUGCACAACCGCCGCCACUUCAGUCCCAGAUUGGGUAUCUCAUUACCACACACACUCUGUGGGUCCCAAUCAAUGUUGUUCCGCCGUCAUCCAACAGAUCGAGGCACCCGUCGCCACCGUCUGGUCGGUCGUGCGUAGAUUCGAUAACCCACAAGCUUACAAACACUUCGUCAAGACCUGCCACGUCAUCAACGGCGACGGUCGUGUCGGGACGGUUCGAGAGGUUCAGGUGAUAUCUGGACUUCCGGCUGCUAAAAGCCGGGAGCGUUUGGAGAUUCUUGAUGAUGAAAGUCAUGUCAUUAGUUUUAGCGUUGUGGGUGGGGAUCAUCGGUUGGCGAAUUAUCGGUCGGUGACCACUCUUCAUCCGUCGUCGGCGGCGUCGGAAACGGCGCCGACGACGGUGGUGGUGGAGUCGUAUGUGGUGGAUACUCCGGGUGGGAAUACGAAGGAGGAGACGUGCGUUUUCGUGGAUACUAUCGUGAGGUGUAAUUUGCAAUCGCUGGCUCAGAUCGCGCAAGAGCUGGCCAAAUGAAUUGUUUUUUUUAAUGAUUGAUUAGAUCCAUUAAUCAAUGA